AAUCAAUCCAUGGUCGCAGUUGGUUUUCAUAUCUGUGACAACAACACAUCCUUCCUCCUUCUUGCUGUCGUCGCUUUCGCCUUCGUCUAUUCCCCUGUCGCCUUGUCCAGCGCAAGUCGCUCCUUCCUUUCUAGGUACCUAGUACUUACCUGUAGAACAUUCGUCAUGCGCUCUCGUCUUCGUCUCUCAGAACCAUUCUCAAGUCCCAGACCAUCUCUCACUCUCAACACCCUACUUGCUUUACCAUUCUUCUCCUCUUACAGUCUCUCUCAUCAUUAAGCCCGAGUCGAUGGACUUAUCAAUAUCAGUUCUGCUAUCCCACAUUUACCGAAAUCUCCGCCCUCAUCGUCCAAGCUGACAGAGCCUUGCCGCUGUCACCCUCACCUUCAGUCACUUCCCACCUGCACGGACAGCGCUCUCAUAUUAACGACCCGCUCUCAUGUCUCGGACGCCGGUCCCCCGCGCCUCUACGGUCAGCGGACUCGCUCCUCCAGGCGCCCUUGGGUAUCCUGCGAGUAUGCAUGGUGGAGGAUCCGGCAUGUUUGCUCCACCACCUCCUCUCAGUGUCGCCGCUCCACCACCUCCACUCAGUGUCGCAGCCUCUCGUCCACCAUCUCGCCUCGAACCGCCGCCUCUUAGCUCGACGAUGGGUCCUAUGCCUGGCACCUUGGAACGGCCCAUCCAAGGCCCUCGCAAGCGUCUCAUCGUCACCUGUGAUGGCACCUGGCUGGACUCGGACAAUGGUCUCACCAAUGGCCAGAAACAACCUCCAAGCAACGUCAGUCGCAUUGGAUGGGCUAUUAAAGAUACCUCACGUGAUGGCAUUCCACAAGUCGUCAACUAUCAAGCUGGCGUGGGGACCAUGGGGGGAAGAGCUUCCCGCAUUGCCGGAGGUGUAACAGGUCUUGGCCUCAAAGAGAACAUGCGCGAAGCAUACACAUAUCUGGCCAUCAAUUGGAAACCGGGUGAUGAGAUCUUCCUCAUGGGAUUCUCCAGAGGCGCCUUCACUGCCCGUUCUGUUGGAGGCAUGAUUGGCUCUUUGGGCCUUUUGACCCGUGCUGGUCUACCCAAUUUCAAUGAGAUCUUUGAAGACUGGGAGCAUCGCUUUGACGAAAACUACGUCUCAAACUACCCCGACAACCCAUUUCCCAGCAAAGGACCCUUUGACGAACAAUAUGUUGAAGAACUUGCUCGGCGCGGCCUCACUACACGUCAUGUCCCUAUCAAGGCAAUUUGCUGCUGGGACACCGUCGGUAGUCUGGGUAUUCCAAGAGUCGGUCUUUUCGAAUCACUCGGCCUGUCUAGUCGAGGGAAGCACGACUACGAAUUCUACGAUACGCGCUUACACCCGUGUAUCGAGAACGCUUUCCAAGCUCUUGCUUUGGAUGAACGCCGCGCCCCAUUUGCCCCCGCCCUUUGGGAGAAGCGCGAUAAUGACACGACAUAUCUCGAACAGUGCUGGUUUCCAGGCGUGCACUCCAAUGUAGGAGGGGGGUACGAUGACCAGGACCUGGCUAACCUGACUUUGGCGUGGAUGAUCUCCAGGCUCGAACCAUACCUCGACUUUCGCCCCAAUAUUCUCAUGUCAUUUUAUGAGGAUAAUAGGGCCUAUUAUAAGCUCACUGGACAGAAGCCGCGAUGGUGGGGGUUCGGAGAAUUAUACAACAGUCUCAAAGGCGCCUACUCCUUCACAGGGUCCAAAACCCGUACCCCGGGUGCCUACCAUCGAACAGAUCCCAAAACCGGCCGACCAACUUCUAAAAGAUUACGGUCGACAAACGAAUAUAUACACGCGAGCGUCAGGUCAAGAAUCGGCUUGCAGGGGCCCGGACCACAAGACCGCGGAAGGUACGAGCCACAGAGUUUACGAGACUGGACCUUUUCGACCGAACUGGGCCCCGGUGGACCUAAUGGCCCCGGAAGACCGAUCGUGGUUUGGAUCGAUCAUUCGGGGAAGACGGAUAGCAGCAGUGGCCGGCAGGGGAAAUUGCCAGAAGCCAGACUAAGCGAUACUGAGAUUGUGCUUCUUAAGCAGAGUCCGAGGGUGUAUGACUUUGUCAUGGACAUCCGACCACCCAGUCAUGGAUCUAGAGGAGACAAGGAAAGACGACGGAGUCGUAGAACCGACGCCAAUGGGGGAGGUGUCGGCGGAUAUGACGGCGCUGGCAUGAAUCGAAAUGGACGAGCUCCAAGUCAAGAUCCACGUUGGAGUGGUGGGGGUGGGCGAUUGAACCCUGAUGGCCUUCCGGAAUCAGAGGAAGACCGCGAGCGCAGACACCGGCGAAGUCACCGCGAUCGUGAUCGAGACAAGGCAGAACGAAGAAGAAGUAAGAGGUAUGACGAGCAAUAAGGUGCAGGGCCGAAUGAUUAGCGAAGCAUGCAGAAUUGAGGACUUUCUGAGGCGAGAGCGACAGCGACAGCGACAACGAGAGCAAUAGCGAGAAUUGGCAUCAAAGCGACGGUGUGGAUAUCAUGCAUUGGCGUUGUAAUUCCUGGAGUUGAAGCCUUGUUGUCUUAGGUAGUCAAAUCAAGUCAAAUCAAGUUCCUUGGUGAUGAUAGAUAUGUGCCAAUCAGAGAUAUGGUCGAAGUAGGGAAG